AGUUGUUUCAUCGUUGUCAUCAUCCUCAGGACACUGAUCCAAGCAAGGAGACAUCACCAGCGGCCCAUCUUCACUCGUCUAGCGUCUUGGGGCUCCAGUGGGUCUCGUAGCACAUCACUGCCGAAAACGCGCUACCAGGUACCUAACGAUUGGGAGUACCAUAUUCGAGCUCGCGUAGGCACUGCACUGCCGGAGCUCAGGGCACCAGGGCAGCCAGAGCACCCGUGGACAGGGGCUGCCCGGCCGCUGGAGGGCACCCGACCUCAACUGAAGCACAGCGCAGCGCAGCACAGCACAGCACAGCACGCCAGCAGCCCCAAGGCGGGUUCGAGGCUGCACGAGGCUGAGCCGAGCCCUGGAGGUACCCAGAAUUUGAUGGACGCCGCAAAGGUCUAGCAAUGGUCGUUUUCGCGUUCCAUCCUCACCUUCGAUCCCGCUUCUCGACCUCAACCUCGCCCCCUCCCCCUCGCGCCCUCGACCGUCCAUUGCCGCCUUUCCUCCUUCGCUUCCGCCGCCGCGACCGGAGCACUACCAUCGGCCGCCCCAUUGUCGCGUCCGCCGCCGCGCCGACCUCGUUCUUCUCCCGACAUGACGUGACCGCGGCCGCCGCCCUCAUCCAGACACCCAGCGUCGCAGCAAGGACCAGGACCUUUGCCGCGCCCGUCCUCGGGAGGAGGCCGCUGCCGCCGCUGCCUGUCAUGGCCCUCUGCAGGUUUUACCAGCAGGGCAAUUGCAAGUAUAGCAAUAACUGCCGAUUCGAGCACCCAAAGCCCCAGAAUCAGAACCGCUUCGGCGCCCUAGGCGGGGGAGCCGCUGGCGGGACCCAGAAUGCCCCAGCCAAGUACAGCGUCUCAAGCGACACCAUCGAAAAGGACCUAACACUCGAGAAGCCCCAAUGGAUCUUGUCCGCCUACGGCCCCGGAAGGGAUGCCCCCGACCAGCUCUUUGGGGGAUACCCGCGCGAGCAGAGCUUCGAGGAGCUGCGGCUGCAUUACCUGGCGGGCAAGGCAUCGGGCAACGAACAGCAGGCGCUCAACGAGGCUCAGCAGCUCUAUCAGAAUGCGCAGCAGCAGAUCGACACUGCCCUCCGAGACGUCGAGGGCGCCGCGCGCUUCAUCGUUGAACGAGAGUCGCAGCACCCAAACCGACACGACGUCUGCCGCGAAGGCACGCAGGGCGCUCCGUUCGGGGAGUUUGAGGUGGCGAAGCGGGCGAGGCAGACGGGUGCCGCCCCGGCGCAGGCGAACCCCUUUUCCACCGGAGCCGGCAACGCCCCGUCGGCCUUUGGCGCGCCUUCGCAGCCCGCGGCCGGUGCUUUCGGCCAGCCUUCAGCUCUGGGUCAGAAGCCCAACCCAUUCGGAACUCCCGCGUUUGGCCAGCCCGCUCAGCCGGCGUCUGCGUUUGGGCAACCGUCCCAGCCAGCGGCCGCCUUUGGCCAGCCCUCACAGCCCUCAUCCUCGUCGUCACCAUUCGGACAGGCAGCGCAGGGAGGAGGCCCGCCCCCCUUCGGCCAGGCCGCUCAACCUGCCUCUGCCUUUGGCCAACCGACAACCCUCGGCGCAAAACCCAACCCCUUCGGGACCCCAGCCUUCGGCCAGCCCGCGCAACCCAGCACCCAAGGCAGCGCUUUUGGACAGGCCGGACAGCUCGGCCAGAAGCCAAACCCUUUCGGGUCCAAUGCCAACACCAACGCGGCGCCGGCCGCCAGCCCCUUUGCGAACAUGGGCGCUGGUGCGGGCGACAAUGCUGCGACGACGAGUCCUUUUGGCGCGCAGGGCUCCGGUCCUGCCAAUGCGGCGCCGAAUCCCUUCUCGUCUGCGGCGCCAACCCAGAACACGACGAGUCCCUUUGCCCAGGCGGGCGGCCAAGCCGGGGCCAGUCCCUUUGGUCAGGCGGCUACGCCGGCGGCGAAUCCAUUCGGAGGCACACAUCAGCAGCAACAGCAGCAGCAGCAGCCUCCAGCCGCCAACAAUCCGUUCGGGCAACCCUCGCAGCCUCAGAUGAACGGAACCCUGGGACAGGCAGCCAGCAACCCCUUUGGACAGAACGCGCCGCAAAACACGCAAGCCGCACCGAAUCCCUUUGGUCAGCAGCAGCCCGCGGCAUCGCGGCCCAACCCCUUUGGCGCGGCCCCUCAGCAGGAACAGCGGCCCGCCGCCGCAGCCGCCUCCGCUGGCAACCCGUACCCGCCGGGCAGCACGAGGCAGCACCCGCCCAUCGAGAGCUACACCGCCCGGGGCAUGGACGGCAGCCUGUCGGCGUUCAAGGGCAAGCCCGUCUCGUACAAGGGCGGCGAGCCGGGCCUCCGCGCCUUUGACGGCACGUGGACGCGAAUCUGGUUCCCCAACGGCCCGCCCGGCUACUACAAGGACACGGAGCUGCCACCCGAGGCGUACGACCAGACGGCCCGGGCGCAGUGGGAGGCAUUUGUCCGGAACGGCGGGGCGUUUGAGGGCGGCGUCAUGCCGGAGCUGCCCCCGCCGAGGGAGUGCACGCAGUGGGACUUUUAGCCAGCACGGUCAGGAAAUGACCAUAUCCUUUCACGGUCUCGCCAGGCCUGGCGGGAGGGACGUAUACUAGAACGCGUGCAGGGGCACGUUGUUUAGGGCGGCAACGGCGACGACGGUGGGGGCAUUAGACGGCGUUGAGGGGGUUGUUUGCAUCGCAGGGAGACGGCACCUUUUAGCAAAAGACUGCCUCGGAAAAGGAAGGGGGAAGGGAGGCUGCGUUUUGUCGUUUUUGGACAUUUGUUACGAGCUGGCCACGGGAAAGCCGGCCUACGCAAGAUUAUAUACCAUCCCGUCACAUAGGUUGUCUGGACCGAAUUCACUACUGUCU